AUGCAGGAUCAGUAUAUAUUACACGCAGCAGAGUCUCAUAAUAUAAAUCUCCCAUUCGCUUGUAGGCACGGUCGUUUUACUAGCUGUGCCGUUCGUGUAAUUGGGCAGCACAGACAGCCAGAAGCAUUAGGGGUAUCUGCUGAAUUGAAAUCAAAGCAUGAGAUACUCCUGCUUUAUAAACAUAUCAUAUUUUUUUUCUUGAAAAUUACUCAUUCAUUUUGGAGACAUCUUACUCCUGCAAAUUAUCUGUUGCAUGCACUUCUCUGUGUGGGCUUUCCAUCAUCUGACCUUGAAGUAGAAACUCAAGAUGAGGAUGUGUGUAUAUUACUAUUAGAAGUUUGUGACUCUCUCUUCGUCACUCUCAAGCCACUAGCCAAAGGUUUAACAGUGUCAAUGCUCCCGAGCAAGCUGAGGGGUUUAAAUUAUAAAUUGCAGUUCUUACUAUGUGAUUUAAUUCGCUUUCUGGAUAGAGAUGACUAUGCAUUGGAGUUGGCUAUGGGAGAUGAGUAA